CGCCCUCCAGCACCGAGGGGGUGUUGCCUCCAAGUGGCCAUAUUGAAAGGAGUGCGAAUCUGUGCCUGUGUGAUGUGGAGAGCAGGUCUGGCUGAAGACUCAUAAUUUCUGCACACAGCCACUUCUGACGAUGGCGGCCACUGAGGUAGAUGUUUUCGCAAAUGAAGCAAAGCGAAACCUGGAGCUCGGAGGCCACGUUGGGUUUGACAGUCUUCCAGAUCAGCUGGUCAGCAAAUCAGUUGCUCAGGGAUUCUGCUUUAACAUCCUAUGUGUAGGUGAGACAGGGAUAGGCAAGUCAACAUUGAUGAACACUCUUUUCAAUACAACAUUUGAAAACGAGGAAGCCAGCCACUAUGAGAGUGAGGUACAUCUUCGCCCCCAAACGUAUGAUCUGCAGGAGAGCAAUGUCAACCUGAAGCUGACCAUUGUGCACACUGUAGGGUUUGGAGACCAGAUCAACAAAGAAGAAAGCUAUAAACCCAUUCUCGAGUAUAUUGAUGCCCAGUUUGAAAGGUACCUUGAGGAAGAACUAAAAAUAAAACGUUCCCUGUUUAACUACCACGACACAAGAAUCCACAUCUGCCUGUACUUCAUCGCUCCCACUGGACACUCCCUCAAAUCCCUGGAUCUUGUCACAAUGAAGAAACUGGACAGCAAGGUUAACAUCAUCCCUGUCAUUGCAAAGGCAGACACAGUAUCCAAGAGUGAACUGGACAAAUUAAAGAUCAAGAUAAUGAGUGAGCUGGUCAGCAAUGGCGUGCAGAUUUAUCAGUUCCCCACAGAGGAUGAGGCUGUUGCAGAGAUCAACUCCUCCAUGAAUACGCAUCUUCCCUUUGCUGUGGUUGGAAGUGUAGAAGACGUUAAAGUAGGAAAUAAGAUGGUGAAAGCAAGAUUGUACCCGUGGGGAUCAGUACAGGUGGAGAAUGAAAACCAUUGUGAUUUUGUGAAGCUGAGGGAGAUGCUACUGCGUGUGAACAUGGAGGAUCUCCGGGAGCAAACACAUGCUCGACACUAUGAACUCUACCGUCGCUGCAAGCUGGAAGAGAUGGGCUUCAAGGACACAGACCCAGACAGCCAGUCGUUCAGCCUUCAGGAGACAUAUGAAGCCAAGAGGAAGGAGUUCCUUGUGGAGCUGCAGCGCAAAGAGGAAGAAAUGAGGCAAAUGUUUGUCAACAAAGUGAAGGAGACAGAAGCAGAGCUGAAAGAAAAGGAAAAAGAGCUUCAUGAGAGGUUUGAGCAGCUCAAGCGGAUGCACCAGGAUGAAAAGAAGAAUCUGGAGGAGAAAAGACGAGAACUGGAGGAGGAGACGAAUGCCUUCAAUAGAAGAAAGGUUGCAGCUGAGACACUGAUGGGACAGGCACUGCAAGGCUGCUCACAGCCGUUCAAGAAGGACAAGGACAAGAAGAAUUGAUUUUUGGAUCAAACAUCCAGGGAACCAGGAAUGUGUCUGCCAUCAGCAUGGGAAAAAGAGACUGUCAUAUCUGGCAUAACUUACUGACACUGUAUGUGUGGACUCAGUGACACAGUGACUAUGCACGUAUGUGAGCCUGAAUAAUGGGAUGGCUAUAAGCCGCUGUGUACUUAUGGAUCAAAAAGCUUCUUUAGUCUUCCAUCUGCGUGCUCCUUAACCUCAGGAAGGAAUUUGAAUUAGAAGACUUUCUACCACAUCAAAAGAUCACAGACUAACAGUCAAGGUUAUUAUUUUUACAAUAUGAAAUAACAGUUUUAUAGAAAUGCACUUAACAUCCCUGGAAGUGAGUCGGACUGCAGUCUUCCAUGUCUACUAAACUCUCCUUUAAAAUUUUAAGCAGUGCUUUGUAGCAUGGUCUCCGCAUGGAUCUUAACCUUCAUUCCUACAAGUAUUAAAAGAUCUGCAUCACCAAAAUUUCAGUUUUUGUACUAAAUGUGCUACUUUCUCUCAUCUGCCAUGUUAUGCCUGUAGUUUUUGUCUGAUGACAGUUUACACUGUGAAAUAUAUAUUAUAGAGUGAAAUAUAUAUUAUGAUUUACAAGCACUUUAAAUCAAUCAUAGUACAUAUUUAGUCAUUAUAAAAGGUGCCCUGUCAUGCUUACAUGUCAGCCCCUAUGUUGUGUCUAACAGAUCUAGUUGAAAGUAUUUCUUAGUUUUAAAUUUAAUCUAUAUAUACUACUGUUACAUGAAAAAAGCCUGGAUGUAUAUAAAUUCAGGAUUAAAUCUCUUAAUGUCAGUAGAUCUGUAUAGGGAGCCUGAGUGGGCCCACUUGCAGAUUUGUAUAUCCUUGUGUAA